AUGAAAUUAUUCAACAAGUUCAACAAGAAGAGGAGUAACAAGAAGACCAAGAAGGGAAUAUCCAAUACAGAUAUCAUUCCGCACCUCUCGCCUAAGCAAGAACGGAGACAAGUGCAGUACAAGAACAAUCACCUCAAGAAUCCAAUCUAUAAGCUACCUUCUAUCGACGAUAUCAGUUUACCAGAUUUAUCCGACAAAGGAGGCGCUUGA